AUGGCGACAUCCAAGACGACCACAGUAUCAUCUCCCGGCAAGGUACUCCUGGCAGGAGGGUACCUCGUGUUGGACAGGGAGUACUCGGGAUUGGUCGUAGCAACCUCAUCACGCUUCUAUUCCACCGUAACCUCACUUCCUAAAUCAACAGAUCAAGAUAAAGUCAUCCUCUCGGUCAGAGCUGGCCAAUUCCCCAAGGAGUCAUCGACGUGGACAUAUGCGGUCAGCAUCCAGAACGACAGAUUGAUGAUCGACCAAAUCAAUGAAAAUGCAGUUGGUAAAAACAAAUUCAUAUCCAUCGCACUCUUCCAAACUCUCUCUUUAGCUUGGGAGAAAAUAGCAGCCGAGUCCAGCUCGCAAGGAUUAGAUUCCGGGCAUGAGCUGCUAAGGCGGAUCACGAAUGAUGGGAAAUCGGACGGUCUGGAGAUUGUAGUACUGGCCGACAAUGAUUUCUAUUCUCAACGGGAACAGCUUUCGGCAAUGUCACUACCAACACAGAUACGUUCUUUAUCAUCACUGCAACCGUUCACUCCUCUUCCUCGACCUAUACCACAGACCAACAAAACGGGUCUAGGAUCAUCCGCUGCACUCGUAACGUCCCUCGUCGCAUCUCUUCUAUCACAUCUCAACAUAGUCACGCUACCAUCUUCAUCUCCUCAAUCCAAUUCCAACCAUGAUCUCCAGCUAGUUCACUCGCUAGCUCAAUUCGCACAUUGUUUGGCCCAAGGGAAAGUAGGAUCUGGAUUUGAUGUAUCAUCGGCUGUAUUUGGAACUCAUAUAUAUACACGAUUCUCUCCUUCCGUUCUCUCGCCAUUGAUGGAUAGACCACUAGACUCGAUAACAUUUUCAUCACCUACACUGCUACCUGUGUUGGAGUCUUCCCAAUGGGAUCAGAGAACCACUGCGUUCAGAUUACCAAAGGGUUUAAGGUUAAUUUUGGCGGAUGUGGACGCUGGUACAGAUACCCCCUCUUUCGUUGGCAAGGUAUUGACAUGGCGUAAAGAGAACCCAGAAGUGGCGAAGAAGCUGUGGGAUGAUCUGGAUAGAGCAAAUAGGCAGAUAGAAAGAUUGUUGACGGAGCUCGUUGCUAGAGAGGGCGAACAUGAUUACGAGGAGACUGUUGGCUGGAUGGGAGAAAGGCAUAUCGAAGAUCACAAGGAGAACCCUACAGCGGUUUUGUUGUAUGAAAUUAGGCUGACUCUCUUCAUUAUCAGAGAUUUCCAGCGUAAAAUGUCAGAGCUUUCUGGUGUACCGAUCGAGCCACCUGAACAAACUAGAUUAUUGGAUGCUUGCUCAGAAUUGGAAGGUGUCAUCGGAGGCGGUGUGCCAGGUGCCGGUGGUUACGAUGCUCUAUUCCUCCUAAUCGUUGACACACCCUCGGUCGUCUCGCGCGUCGAUAACCUUUGGUCGGGGUGGAAGGAGAUGAGCGUAUGUCCCUUGUUGGCCAAGCAGAGUGAUGACGGUCUCAGGUUGGAAGAGUUGAUUGCUGUGAAAGGUCUGAAAGAGGCUUUGGGUCGAUGA